GACAGAGUAAGGAGUGGGGUGGAGCGUGUGUGGAGUGGGGGCCGCGGCCCGGGUCAGAGCCGCCGCGGACCAAGAGAUUCUGCAGAAAUCCUACCUCCGGGGGAGCGUGCACUGCCAGGCAGCAGAAUUGUGAGCUUGAGUGAGGCAGACAUCUAGAAAUAUGAGCUCCAUGAUGGCCAUGGGUGAGCCCAGGCUGAACUGGGAUGUUUCCCCCAAAAAUGGCCUUAAGACAUUUUUCUCUCAAGAAAAUUAUAAAGAUCAUUCCAUGGCUCCAAGUUUAAAAGAACUAUGUGUUUUGUCUAACAGACGUAUAGGAGAAAAUUUGAAUGCCUCAGCAAGUUCUGUAGAAAAUGAGCCGGCAGUUAGUUCAGCAACUCAAGCAAAGGAAAAAGUUAAAACCACAGUUGGAAUGGUUCUUCUUCCAAAACCAAGAGUUCCUUAUCCUCGUUUCUCUCGUUUCUCACAGAGAGAACAGAGGAGUUAUGUGGACUUGUUGGUUAAAUACGCAAAAGUUCCUGCAAAUUCCAAAGCUGUUGGAAUAAAUAAAAAUGACUACUUGCAGUAUUUGGAUAUGAAAAAACAUGUGAAUGAAGAAGUUACUGAAUUCCUAAAGUUUUUGCAGAAUUCUGCAAAGAAAUGUGCACAGGAUUAUAAUAUGCUUUCUGAUGAUGCUCGUCUCUUCACAGAGCAAAUUUUGAAAGCUUGCACUGAACAAGUGAAAAAGUAUCCAGAGUUCUACACUCUCCAUGAAGUCACCAGCUUAAUGGGAUUCUUCCCAUUCAGAAUAGAGAUGGGAUUAAAGUUAGAAAAAACUCUUCUUGCAUUGGGCAGUGUAAAAUAUGUAAAAACGGUAUUUCCCUCAAUGCCUGCAAAGUUGCAGCUCUCAAAAGAUAACAUAUCUACCACUGAAACACCAGAAAAAACAGCUGCAGCUAUGCAUUCUGAUAUUAGUAAAGAUCCAAAUGCAGAGAAGCUUGUUUCAAGAUAUCACCCCCAGAUAGCUCUAACUAGUCAAUCAUUAUUUACCUUAUUAAAUAACCAUGGACCAAACUACAGGGAACAGUGGGAAAUUCCAGUGUGUAUUCAAGUAAUACCUGUUGCAGGUUCAAAACCGGUUAAAGUAAUUUAUAUUAAUUCACCACUUCCCCAAAAGAAAAUGACAAUGAGAGAGAGAAAUCAAAUCUACCAUGAAGUUCCAUUAAAAUUCAUGAUGUCCAAAAACACAUCUGUUCCAGUUUCUGCAGUAUUUAUGGACAAACCAGAAGAUUAUAUGUCUGAAAUGGAUAUGUCUUAUGAAGUUAAUGAGUGCCGAAAAAUUGAGACCCUUGAAAAUUUGGACCUGGAUUUUGAUGGUGACGUCACAGAACUUGAAACUUUUGGAGUAAACACCACCAAACCAUCUAAGUCACCAAGUCCAGCAGGCACUUCCACAGCACCCAACACAGCAGAUACUCCCACAGCUCCCAGCACUGCAACCACAUCUGUGGCAUCACGUGCACCGGACACUUCUGCUCAUUCUAGAAGUUUAUCUCAGAUUCUGAUGGAACAGUUGCAAAAGGAGAAACAGCUGGUGACCUGUAUGGACAGUGGCCCUGAAGAGUGCACAAAUAAAGAUGAUCAGGGAUUUGUACCAUGUGGUGACACAUCAAAUCCUGACAAGUCUUUGGUGCAAGAUAGUGACUUGAGAAUGUCUGAUUCCUUACAGUUAGAAAGUUCUACAGAAAUUGAAACCUCUAAUAAAACUGAUUUAGCUACUAAUACAGUAUAUGCCCCUGAAAAACCAAAUGUUCUGGAGAACACAGACAAUUCAAAGGAAAAGACUGUCACCCCAGAAGCAGUGAGAAGUGAAGAUGUAAUUCUUUGCAAUAGUGAUACAGAUGAAGACUGUUUAAUUAUUGACACAGAGUGUCAAAAUAAUAGUAAUACAAAGACAGCUGAUGUGAAUUCUAAGUUAAGUUCUAAACCAGCUAGCCCUAAUUCUUCGUCCGCACAGGCUUCUGUAGGAAACCAGACCAAUGCUACUUGUAGUCCUGAAGAGUCGUGUGUUUUAAAAAAACCUAUCAAACGAGUAUAUAAAAAAUUUGAUCCAGUUGGAGAAAUUUUAAAAAUGCAGGAUGAACUCUUAAAGCCAAUUUCCAGGAAAAUACCUGAAUUGCCCUUAAUGAAUUUGGAAAAUUCUAAACAACCUCCGGCUUCUGAGCAGUCCUCUGCUCCUUCAGAUGCCUGUAGUUGGCCAAAAUCUGUAUGGCCUUCUGCGUUUCAGAAUCCAAAAGGACGAUUGCCAUAUGAACUUCAGGACUAUGUUGAAGAUACAACAGAAUAUGUAGCUCCUCAGGAAGGAAAUUUUGUUUACAAGUUAUUUAGCCUGCAAGACCUGUUGUUACUUGUGCGAUGCAGUGUCCAGAGGAUAGAGACCAGACCACGUUCUAAAAAACGGAAGAAAAUCAGAAGACAAUUUCCAGUUUAUGUACUACCCAAAGUGGAAUAUCAAGCUUGUUAUGGAGUUGAAGCUCUAACUGAAAGUGAACUUUGUCGCUUAUGGACUGAAAGUUUAUUGCAUUCCAACUGCUCGUUUUAUGUUGUGAUAAACUCAUGACAUUUUACUCAAGUGGAUAAUCAAAGAGAGAGUUGGCCAACAGUGAUUAAAGCACAGCCCAGAAAUAAACAGUGAUACUGCUGGAAGUGCAGUCCGAAUUGAACAUAAGUGGAGUUGCAGGAGAAAUAGCCGACCAUGGCAGUGUCGGCGCUGCUGCCGUUCAAGAGACCACAGAUAUGUCGCUGCAGGAACGUAGCGGAGGCUAACUUGCGGACAUAAAUGAGGAAAGUGGUUUUGAUAUGAAGGAUGAAAAAGUGACACCAGCAUAAGAUUUUACAUAAAGAAACUCUUGGGGAUGUUUCCUGACAUUGAAAGCACAGAAGAUACCAUGUUGGAAGCUGAUCCUCACUUAGAAAGGAAUAUGACAGUUCACGGCAUAGAAGAGAUACGUGCUUUCUAUCAUAAGUUGUACCAAAAGAAAGUGGCAAGCAAGCAGUGUUCAAACUGCUCUUGAUAAGUUUCCUAUAAAUAAAAGAAUCUUCAGUGUUUUUAAUGUUUUAAAUUCCAGUAAAUUCCAGUAUACAAAUAAACACUAGCUUUACUAUCUUUUUCAUUUCCCUAUAUACAUUUACAAUUGAUCGAGAAUUCAUAAUGUUUUGACAAAAAAUUUUAAUGGUUAUGGAACAUCUGUAAUUUUUCCCCUGAUAAUUAAAAUUGCUUGCUUGGUUUCAGUUUGUAUGGUUUUUUAUAUCAUCCCAUACUGCAUGCAAAGCAGGACUGCCUGUGUGUAUGUAUGUAUGCACGUAUAGGUGUGUUUGUGUAUAUGUAUGGUUUGAUACAUGUAUAUAAAGCCUUUAUUUGUAUUAUAUAAAGGCUUUAUUUGUACUCUGUAAAGCAGUGUUUCCCCAACCUUGACACACAAACAAUACUUGGAUAGCACACUGUGAUGUACAAAAGUGAUUGCUCAUGGCUGCCGGGCAGCGGCCAAGAAACUUUCCAUCCCAAGCCUUCCUCCGCUGCCCCAAGGGAUGAGGAGAUGAAUAUCUCAAGUACACAUAUGAGUCAUUUGAGGCCUGCAGGGGAAAAUGCUCUUAUAUUGAAAGGAUUUUAAACUCCUUGAGGAAGUAGGCCAUGUGGCACUUAGAAUGGCAUUCUCUAUAUAGUCUUCUUUGACCAUAUUUGACAUGUACUAUAACACAUAAUUUUUACUGAGAUUUACUUAUCUUGAAGAUAAGACUUGUUAAUCUCCUCAAAGGUGUAUUUAGUAAAUGUUUGAAUAUAUUAUAUUUAAGAUUCCCUUUCUACAGUAAGUAAAACAUUAAAGUGUAUCUCUGUUAUUAGAAAUGCCACUGUAUAAUGAGUGUUAGAAAUGCAGAGGUGAAACUAAAACUUGGCAUAGGGAAUAACAAGUGGAAGUGGGAAAAAUGGAUUCAUUGUUUUAAGGAAAAGCAUCUGGUAAAAUGUUUCUAAUUCUUUUUAUGAGCACAAAGCAAAUGAAAGGGGGCUAUAUAUAAAAAUGACAUGUGCAUUUUUUAUUGUCCCGAUGAUUGACAUCAGCUUCUGGGUAAUGUGUUUUGAUAACUAAAUAUUGCAAAUUAAAAAAUAAAAACAAAACAUGGUAUUUUCAGCA